CGUAUCACGUAGUGACAUUAAUUUAGACAUAGAAAAUGUGGGUUUUUAAGCCGUAAAUGUACGAUUUCCCAUAGAUACACUAAUAUUCAUAUGAAGUUAUUUCAGAUCUGAUGCAACAUGACGACGCGACAUGUAAGUGGUUCUGUCGGACGGAUAAUAAUGACUUAUCUUCAGCAGAAUGGACACGAGGUGAAACUGAUCUCUCAUAGACUGGUGAAUCAUUUAUCCACCAACUGUACUGAACAUCAUCGUGGAAGAAACACAGCCUUUAUAAGAACAACAGUAUCAGAUGGAGGUAGAAAAGACGAUAGUAGCAACAGUUCGGGUCGGACUUGUGUCCUCGGAGCAGUGGCAGUAGGACUGGGACUGACUGGAGCUGUGCUGCACAGCUGUAAUGAUGAGGAUCAGGAUAAAGAUAUUUCUCACACAACUAAACCAUUAAGAAACACACUACUGGACUAUAUUUUACCUGUAGCUCAAUGUGCUUCGGUUUACAAACCCGACAGCCCCAGAUACAAGUACAACUUUAUAGCUGAUGUGGUGGAGAAAUCAGCUCCUGCAGUGGUUUAUAUAGAAAUCGUUGGAAGGAAUCCAUACCAUGGCCGAGAAACUCCCGUCUCCAAUGGCUCUGGCUUUAUUAUCAGUAGCGAUGGCCUUAUAGUGACUAAUGCACAUGUAGUUGCCAACAAGCGUGGGGUUCGAGUCAAGCUGACCAACGGAGAAACAUACAAUGCUACUGUGCAGAAUGUGGACCAGGUUGCAGACAUUGCAACGAUUAAAAUUAAUGCCAAGCAUCCAUUGCCGACACUGCAACUUGGUCAGUCAUCGAAUGUGCGUCAGGGGGAGUUUGUGGUUGCUAUGGGAAGCCCCUUUGCUUUAAAAAAUACAAUCACUUCUGGAAUAGUUAGCUCUGCUCACAGAGGAAGCAAAGAACUGGGUCUGGCUAAUGCCAACAUGGACUACAUACAGACUGAUGCUGCCAUCGAUUUUGGGAAUUCAGGUGGACCUCUUAUUAAUCUGGAUGGUGAGGUGAUUGGAAUUAACACCAUGAAGGUGACUGCUGGCAUUUCCUUUGCCAUUCCUGCAGACAGACUUCGUGUUUUUCUUGAUCGUGCCUCAAAUAAAAACAGAUCCUGGUUCGGUGAGUCUGAGAAUAAACGGCGCUACAUAGGAGUGAUGAUGUUAACACUGACACCCAGCAUAAUAGCUGAGCUGAAGAUGCGUGAUCACUCGUUCCCUGACGUAACACAUGGUGUCCUCAUUCAUCGGAUCAUCCCAGACUCUCCAGCUAACAAAGCCGGUAUGAAGCCAGGAGAUAUUGUACUGGAGGUUAACGGGGUGAAAGUGAACACAUCAGAAGAGAUCUACAAUGCUGUACGAUCAAGCGACAGCAUCAACAUGGUGGUCUGUAGGGGUCAAGACCUUCUGAUGCUGCAUAUAACUCCAGAGUUUACUGAGUAAUAUCAAGAUGACUUGUUGUUGUACCUUGUAAAGAAAAACGAUUGAAAAGAAUUGUACAAAAAGUAAAAUAAACAGGAAAAUAAUUGUUAAUGUAGUAAAGAAGGAAGUCAGAGAAUUGGCUAUAGAUAAUGGUUGUUCCAUUUAUAUGAUUUACAGCUUGUUACGACAUGUAUUUGAUCAUUAUGACAAAGUCUGUGCACUUUUACAAGUUGAUGACAAAGUUGUCACAUUCAGAAGUGAUUAUAGGGCAUUCAGGUGGCAGCAGUCUAAUGUGUUAAGCCAUUACCACUGAAAUCUUGAGUUCAAAUCUCACCUGUGAAACCAACCUGAAGGGGACUACAGAUCAUAGUGCGUGACCAUACAUGCUGCAGCAUACUCCAUCUCUGGCAGGUGAAAGUGGCCUGCGAUUCCACAUGGGUGGAAAGGAUGAUGUUUGUGUUUCCUGUCUGUUAGAACUGCACUAGCCAAUACUAUUCACCUGUAACGGGUGUGCAGCUGCGUUGUAUUACAUUAGCAGCAAUUUGAAAGAAUGCGGUGGGCUCCAGUUUUGUACAUGUGAAUGUUUCAUUGAUGGUCUUUAACUUUAUCUGCUUUAACUUUAAAUUUUCACUAAGAUCUAUACUCACUAAACUUACUGGAAGCAGUAAUUAAGAAAUUUCGUUCACAUUAUUUCUUAGGAGAGCAUAUGUAAUACAUAUUGAGUGCUUUUACUGUCCCUGUCAAUCAGUUUUCUGGUGCACUUUGGCAUGUACAGUAUUAUGUGAAGUCAUCAAAUUGAUGUAGCUCUGGUGUCAUUUUUAUUAAUUUUGUAUCAUAUUUUUUUCGGGGCAAUGCAGAAAAAGCAUAUAAUGCCUAGCUCACGCUGCAGGAUUUUUGCCCUGAUUUUCGCUCGCCAACAGGUCGCCUACAAAUGCGCCAGCUCGGAGGCAAAUCAGCGCUCUUUUCGGGGUUCAAAAAUCGGCUCUCAAUUGUGUAACAACUGUAUCUAAUGACUCACAGACUCAAGAAAAAUAUCUAGCAUGCUAAAUAUGUGGACCGGUCUGCGACUUUAAAUCCUGUAGUGUGAAAUGUGACCAGGUUAAGACUGGCAGAGUGCAGUGUUGAGCUACAGCCAAUGAAAAUGCAAGAUAUGGAAACCCGGGGGAGGAGUCAACAAGCAUGGCUACAGCAAAAUAUAGUUUCUAUCAGAAUACAUCGACACACAAGCUUUACAGUACUUGUGACCUUAUCGUCCACGCCAAACCAUAACACCAAAGAUGCAUUGCUAAAAGACUUAUUUUUUCUUCAGCUCUCUCUGCAGAACAGACUCAUGCUGGGUGCAUAGCCAAAUCCACUCCUUCACCCAGAUUUAUUUCCUUUUUCCUCCUUGCUUUUUCGCUGUAUAUCAGCACACAAAUUGGAUUGCUCACUUCUUGUUGACAUCCAUUUUUUAAAGUAAAAAAAAAUGUCUCACACAUUUUAUGAUUAAACCUCUUGGCACUUCUCACGUGUGUUUUCAUGACAAAACGUAGUUUUGGAGACCAGACAAACUCGUCUGCGAUUCCACCUUGUGACAGAUCAUUUAGUGUUUGACCCCCUAUCGCCGAUCAAUCGUGUAGUGUGAAAACCACGACUUAAAGACUCCAGAUUACAAGAGAUCAAGACGUGAACUGUACAGCGAUAACACUUUGAAAGUCGUGUAGUGUGAACUUAGCAUACACAUAAUUCUGCUCUUUAUACCCAGCAGUAUUUAGACUGGUUUGGGCCCUCAUGUUCACAGGGCACUGUUGUGAAAAAUAAAACAAAUUCCUUCCUACUUUUCAAAUGUAAAUAAAAAUUGUAUUUUUAAUAAAUACAUGUCCUUGCCAAAAGUAGAGGAUUAAUCAAA